AUGGAUGAAGUAAUUGAUCAUUGGAAAAAGCUCCGCUUUGAUGAUUUCGAGCCGGCGAAAGAGGGUGAAUCCAAAAUUACCGUCUCCGACGAGUUGGAAGAGAUAAUGGAUAAGUUUUCAAAAGCGGGUGCGCCUAAAAAGCCGAAAAGUAAACAAGAGGACACAUCAACUAAAUGGGAUCCUUCUUACUUUGAACAUGUUGAUACAUUGAUCCCGGAUCCACCAACACCAAAGUCCAAGUGUAGUGCUAACAAAGGAGACCGUAUUUCGAAGCCGCCGCGCACACCUCCGACCAAGAAACCUCUGAUGAUCUACAUUGACGAGAUGCCUCUUUUUAUGCACAAAUUUAUUGAUAACAUAGUUGAUGUUGGCACGGACGGUAAUUGUAGGUAUCGAGCCAUUGCCGGUUUGCUUGGAAGAGGAGAAGAAAAUCACACACUUAUUCGACAGGCACUUAUUUCGGAGUUGACUUUGCAUAGGGACAUGUACGACUGA